AUGAGCAUCUUCUGUGGGUCCGUCACAAGGAUGAAUGCAUCCCUCCAGAGACAGUCCAACAUCUCCUCAGAUUUGGAAGUUUCUUCAUAUUAUCUGCUGGAGGAAUGGACUCUCAACACAUCAGAUACAAACGUGAAGAUGUUUUUAAUCCCUCCCAUCGUCUGCCUUGUGGCAGGUGUCCUCGUCAUUCCUUCCAUCUUGUUUGUGAUCUUCUCUAGGUUCAACAUCCGCCAGGAGACAAGGUACAUGCUGCUGGGGAACGCUCUGCUGUGCGACCUGCUCUACCUUUUGCUCUACACCCUGUCAGCUGCUCUCAGUGCAGCACGUGUAGUUCUCCCAAAGGAAGCCUGCAUUCUCCAGCUGUUUUCACUGGCCGUGGCUUACUGUGGAGGAUUGUUUACAGCUGCUGCGAUGGUUUUGGACACGUACAUAGCUAUUCUGUUUCCUCUGCGCUACACUGCUAUUCUGCCAUCUUCGCGAGCAAGGAAAGUGAUUGCAUUGCUAUGGGUCUGUUCUGGGGCUUUCCCUGGGGUUUUGUUCCUGGUGCUAUCCAGCACUCACAGCUUUGUGCCCUGCGUCCUGGAGAUGUGCGCCAUCCCGGUCAUAAUAUUGCUAACUCUGAGCGGGACCAACACAGUGAAACUCAGUUUCUGGAUGUCUGCUAUGGCUAUCUUUCUCUUCCUGUCCCUAAUAUUCUGCUGCUACGGUGUUCUUUAUUUUAAAACCAGGCGAUCAGGUAUAUGGGAGAGCAUCUGCUCCAGAGCCAGUGUGACAUUCUUAAUGCACAACACUGUGUUCUUCUUUUAUUUCUCUCCACUCCUGGUUCUGUUCGUGGAAUCAUUCUUGUACGUUAACAUUGUCAUUGGACUGCAGACAUCAAUUUGGAUCUCCCUGACGAUCUGUAACGUCCUGAUGAUUCUGCCUAAAGUUUUGUUCCCCUUUCUGUAUGGGCUUCGGUACAGAGAGAUCUCAGCAUCUCUCAGAUCCCUUGUCAGAAUUAAGCCUCUUCACCUGGUGUCACCUGCUCCAUUGCCUCCAUCCUGA